GCUAUUUUUUUAGAGUUAACAAGUUUGUCGGAGUUUUGAUGCAAGAACAGGUCUAAAACGGGCAAAACGGAGCGAACGGGCUGACCACAGAAUGUUCGCCCGACCGGGCGAAUUUCAUAUAAAAAACGCCCGGUCGGGCGCAAGCCGAAGAAAACAGAAAGUUCGCCCGACCGGGCGUUUUUCAUCCAACAAAACGCCCGACCGGGCGUUUGAAGCCUCAUCGCGAUUUACCCAGAUCGCCCGACCGGGCAUAUUCCGACUUACAGAUCGCCCGACCGGGCGAUUUGUCGCUGUUGCCAACUUUGCCUCUUUCUUACUCCGGAUAUAAAAGGGUUCUCACUCAUUUCCAAACCCUAACUCCCACACCACGAAUCUUAGCAAGAAAGUAAGGUUUUGAGAGGAUUUGAAGUCAAGGAGCUUCCCAUUUCCAAGAGAUUGGAGGAAGGAGACCCCCCACCAUCAAUUCCACCAUAGGGAGUUCUAGUUUUUAUGCUCACGCGCUCAAGUCGUUUACCCCUUGAGCCGAUUAAUUUAGAGAUAGAAGCCGCCAAUAGAAGAAGAGGAGGACGAAGGAGAAGAGCAAGAGCUCAACAUCAAGUUGAGCCAAUGGAAAAUCCACAUGGGAACAAUGAGGGAAUUCCCCCUCCACCUCCACCUCCAUUAAAUCAAGACCAAAUCAUUCUCCAACUACAACAAGAAAUGGCGGAGAUGAGAAGGGAAAGAGAGGAGGAAAGGAGGCGAGAGGCUCCGGUUAGAGACGCAUUUGGGAACGUCAAUAUCCCACAUCCACCCUAUGAUACAAGGGUGAAUGCCAACAAUUUUGAGUUGAAGACAGGAUUGAUUCAAUUUGUGGAGCAACGUGUUUUCUCGGGAAGGCCCACGGAGGAUCCUAAUAGGCACUUAUCUAAAUUCUUAGAGAUUGCCAAUACAACUAAGCUUAAUGGGGUUCCCGACGAUACAAUCAAACUUAGGCUAUUUCCAUUCUCAUUGUCGGGAUAUGCUAGAGAUUGGUUUGAUAACCUUGAGCCGGGCUCGGUUACAAGUUGGGACGACUUAGCCCAAAAGUUUUUGGAUCGAUUCUUCCCUCUAAGCUCCACUCUCAACCUCCAAGCAGAGAUCUCCCACUUUAAAAUGAAGGGCCAAGAGUCUAUGUUCGAGGCUUGGGAGAGAUUCAACGCCUUGCUAAAGAAAUGCCCCAACCAUGGGUUAUCUCCGGGCCAUCAAGUGAGCCUCUUCUACAAUGGAUGCUCGGAGUUUAUCAAGAGUCAAUUAGACUUUGGUUCGGGGGGUUCAUUCUUGGACAAGGGGGUCGAGGAGUGCAAGAAGAUGCUUCAAAGGCUUGCCUAUACUAGCAAGGGUUGGAGCUCGGGCCGAGAUAGUUCAAUGCCGGUGGCUUCGGUUGUGGAUUCGGAUGCAUUCAAUCUUCUCAACCAACAAAUGAUGUUGUUGAAUCAAAAGGUGGAUGGCCUUAGUUUGGGAGUGGCACCUAUGGGAGAGCCUUUACAUACCGUGGAAGAUGUCAAUUAUGUGCAUCAAGGAGGGAAUCAAAGGAACUUCUACAACUAUCGCCCUAACAAUGGGGGUGGUAAUUACCAAGGCUAUCGCUCACCCUUCAAUGCACAUCCAAACCUUUCUUAUGGCAAUCCAAACAAUGCUAUCCAACCACCUCCACCACCUCGUUUCCCUACACCUAGUGGGUCGACAAGUGGGGCCGCUAAUGUGCCCACCAAUUCUAAACCUUCAAGUGAUGAUGUCACCCAUGAGCUUCUAAAAGCUCUAAUGGAGAAGACCGAUGGAAUCAUGACACAAUCUACUAAGAGAAUUGAUAAGGUUGAGACGGCGGUAGUGGAGGUCACCACGAGAAUGGGGGCUUUGGAGCAUCAAAUGAGUCAAAUUGCCCAAGCCGUGGGCCAACUUCAUCAACCGGGGCAAUUCCCAAGCAACACCAUUCCUAACCCAAAGGAUUGCAAGGCUAUCAAUUUGAGGAGUGGAACAAGCUAUAAGAGCCCCCCUAUGCCCGAAAAGGAAGCUAUUGUGCAACCCGAAGAAGAAGAGACAAUAGAAGUGGAGGCAUCAACGAAGAGCCCACCAAAAGAUCAAGCCGAGACAAUAGUUCCUCCUAAGCCCACGGAAGUUAAACUUCCUUUCCCUCAAAUGAUGCAAAAGAAAAAGAAGGAUGAACAAUUUUCAAGAUUUUUGGAUAUCUUUAGGAAAGUUCAAAUUAACAUCCCUCUUGUUGAAGCACUUCAACAAAUGCCAAGUUAUGCAAAGUUCCUCAAGGAUGUGGUAUCACAAAAAAGGAAAUGGGGGCACUAUGAGACGGUCAACUUGACGGAGAGUUGCAGUGCAAUUAUUCAAAGGAAGUUGCCGGCCAAAAUGCAAGAUCCGGGAAGCUUCACUAUUGAGUGCACUAUUGGAAAUUGCUUUGUGGGGAAUGCCUUGUGCGAUCUAGGGGCUAGCAUUAAUCUUAUGCCAUUGUCCUUCUUCAACAAGUUGAAUAUUGGUAAAUUGAGAUCGACUAGCAUUACUUUGCAAAUGGCGGAUAGAUCGGUGGCAUAUCCCUCGGGCAUAGCAGAAGAUAUAUUGGUGAGGGUGAAUGAGUUCAUAUUCCCCGUUGACUUCGUGGUGUUGGACAUGGAAGAGGAUAGAAUUGUACCUCUUAUUUUGGGAAGACCGUUCCUUGCCACCGGGAAGGCCAUGAUCGAUGUUUCAAAAGGGGAACUUACACUUCGCCUCAAUGAUGAGAGCGUGACAUUUUCGAUAUAUGAGGCCUUAAAGAGGCAUGAUGCGGAACCGGGAGGAAGCCUACAACAUUGCAAUGUUGUGACCGUGAUGGAUGAGUGUGUUGGAGGAGUGGCACCGACCUCUUACUUGGAUGAUCAAUUAGAGAGAUGCAUUUCUCAUUCCAUGUAUUCUUCUCAUCCUUUUGAUGUUUUGGAUGCUAACCCCGAGUUGUUGGAAUUUGUAGGUGCUUUGGACUCGGCUAAAGAAAUCCCUAGAUCACUUCGUCCACAAUUUCUACCUCUUAGGAGUGGAAGUGAAGAUAGCAAUAAAGAUGGGGAAAACAAGAAGCUUGAGUUGAAGCCACUUCCACUACACUUGCGAUAUGCCUUUCUUGGAGGGAAUGACACUUUUCCGAGAUGUGAGGAGACCAAUCUAGUACUCAAUUGGGAGAAAUGUCAUUUUAUGGUCCGUGAUGGGAUCGUGUUGGGACACAAAAUUUCAGCCGGAGGACUUGAAGUGGAUAGAGCCAAGAUAGUUGCCAUUGAGCAAUUGCCACAUCCUUGUAGUGAGAAGGCCGUGAGGAGCUUCCUAGGCCAUGCGGGGUUCUAUAGGCGUUUCAUCAAAGAUUUUUCACAUAUUGCUAGACCCCUUUGCCAUUUACUAGCUAAAGAUGUAAAAUUUGAUUUCACUCUUGAAUGUGCGCAGGCAUUUGAGAAGCUCAAGGCGGCGUUGGUGAGUGCCCCAAUCUUGAUCUCCCCCGAUUGGUCUCAACCUUUCGAGAUCAUGUGUGAUGCAAGUGAUGUGGCGGUAGGCUCGGCUUUGGGACAAAAGAGAGACAAGAUAUUCCGGGUGAUAUAUUAUGCUAGUAGGACAUUGGAUUCGGCUCAAGCUAACUACACCACUACCGAGAAGGAAAUGCUUGCGGUGGUCUACUCUUUUGACAAGUUCCGCCCUUACCUUAUUGGGGCCAAAACUAUUGUCUUUACUGACCAUGCCGCCAUCCGCCAUCUAUUUGUUAAGCAAGAUGCAAAACCAAGGCUUAUAAGGUGGAUCUUGCUCCUUCAAGAAUUUGAUUUGGAGAUCCGAGAUAGAAAAGGGUGUGAGAAUGUGGUGGCGGAUCAUCUCUCAAGAUUGGAGCAUGCUAGUGAAGAGGAAAAAUUGAAGUUGGUCAUCAAUGAAGAAUUCCCGGAUGAGCAUUUGUUUUAUGUGGCCAAGGGUCAAGUGGCAUGGUAUGCCAAUAUUGUGAACUAUCUUGUUGCUAAGGUGAUUCCCGAAGGACUUGAGGACUAUCAAAAGAAGAAGUUCUUCCACGACGUGAAGUUCUAUUUUUGGGACGAGCCUUGUCUUUUUAGAAGAUGUGCCGACAUGGUGAUUAGAAGAUGUGUCCCUCAAGAGGAGUGGGAGUCCGUUAUUAUGCAUUGCCACACCGCACCUAGUGGGGGGCAUUUUGGAGCUAACCGGACUGCUAUGAAAGUGCUCCAAAGUGGUCUAUUUUGGCCAACCAUCACCAAAGACUGCCAGGACUACGUGAGAAGAUGCAACGAGUGCCAGAGAAUGGGGGGUGUUUCUAAGAAGAAGGAGAUGCCAUUGACGACAAUUGUUGAAGUCGAGUUGUUUGAUGUGUGGGGCAUUGACUUCAUGGGGCCCUUUCCUCCAUCUAGUGGGUUCCAAUACAUUCUACUAGCCGUUGACUAUGUAUCAAGGUGGGUGGAAGCCAUUCCUACCCAAACUAAUGAUUCAAAGGUGGUGAUUAAAUUCGUUCAAAAGAACAUAUUCACGCGAUUCGGCGCACCUCGGGCUAUCAUAAGUGAUGGAGGGUCUCAUUUUCGCAAUAGGUGGCUAGAGGCGGUCUUAGCAAGGCAUGGAGUGAAGCAUCGGGUGACAACUCCUUAUCAUCCACAAGCUAAUGGUCAAACCGAGUUGGCCAAUAGAGAGAUCAAACAAAUAUUGCAAAAGAGUGUCAAUGCUAACCGUAGAGAUUGGGCUCUCAAGCUUGACGAUGCUCUAUGGGCGUAUAGGACGGCUUACAAGACGCCAAUCGGGAUGUCACCUUAUCAAUUGGUCUUUGGGAAAUCAUGCCAUCUCCCGGUUGAAUUGAAGCACUCAUCAUAUUGGGCGGUGAGGCAAAUGAACAUGGACUUCACCAAGGCCGGCAAGGAAAGGAAGCUUCACCUCAAUUUACUUGAUGAAUUUAGGAAUGAAGCUUAUGCUAAUUCCUCAAUCUACAAGGAGAGGAUGAAGACGUAUCACGACAAGAUGAUUGAGAGGCGUGAAUUCCACAAGGGGGAUGCCGUGUUGCUUUUCAACCACAAGUUGAGACUCUUUCCGGGCAAGCUAAAAUCUAAGUGGUCGGGACCCUUCACUAUCAAGGAGGUCAUGAGCAAUGGCACAAUGGAGCUCAAAGGACCCGAUGGAAGCACGUUCAAGGCAAAUGGUCAAAAUCUCAAGAGGUUCUUUACCAAGGAGCAACAAGACGAGGUCUUUGUGGUUGCCUUGAUUGAGUAGUGGAGCUUGCAAAGCGUCGGGCAAAUGACGUUAAACAAUUGCGCUAUGGGGGAGGCAACCCCUAGUAGGUAAAAUUUAUAGCUUUUGUGUUUUUGGUGUGUUUUUAUUUUGUUCUUGUUUUUGGUGUGUUUUGUGUGUUUUAAGUGGAACAGGAGAUAGGCUUUGAUGGGUGAAAAGCGGACAAAAAAACUGGAGAAAUGGCGAAAUGGCGAAAUGGACUUGGAAUCCAGAAAGUUCGCCCGACCGGGCGUUUUGCAAAGUGCAAAUCGCCCGACCGGGCGUUUACAGAAAUCGAGAUUGUCCAGAAAGUUUGCCCGACCGGGCGUUUUGCAAAGUGCAAAUCGCCCGACCGGGCGUUUCCAGAAAUCAAGUUCGCCCGACCGGGCGUUUUGCAAAGUGCAAAUCGCCCGACCGGGCGUUUGAUGAAAUCGGGAUUGUCCAGAAAGUUCGCCCGACCGGGCGAUUUUGAAAGUGCAAAUCGCCCGACCGGGCGAUUUCUUCGCGCGAUUUAAAGACGCAAACCAGGUCAGUUUUUACACUUUCAAAACCCUACCCCCAUUUCUCUCUCGUUCCUCUCUACUCUCUCUCGCCCCUCCACCUUCAAAUCUUCCACUUACACUGAUUUCACACACAUACCAUCCUCCCAAUCCAUCUAAUUCAAGGGUUGAACCGAUUAAUCGGUUGAUUUACUCAAGAACAAGCAAAAAGGAGAGAAAUCCGUUUUCUAUCACUCUAAGCCCGAAAGGUAUGAUUUUUUUCAUUCUUCUCUUACUUAUGUCGGUGUUUAGAUGAUUAUUGGUGAAUCGAGGGUUGGAAACUAGCAUGUCUUUCGUUUGUUUGGAGAUUUCUUGACUAAUUGCUAGUUAGAGGAUGAAUUUGGUUUGAAUGGUUGCUUUGAGCAUGAAUUGUGCAAUUUCCUUCAUGGGUUUGUGGUUAUUGAGUGUGGGGAACUAGCAUGCUUUGAUUUGUUGAUGUCUACAUAGAUGCAAUGUUAGAUAAGUGAUGCAUGUUGGUGGAAUGUUUGAGUUAAGCAUGAUUGAGGUUUAUUGUUGUGGAAGAGACAUUGUGUGACACAAUGGGGGGUUGAUUCUAGUCUCGAUAAAUGUAUGAAUGAGAAGUUCUUUUAGUAUAGAGUAUGUUUGGGGGAGAGUGUCUACAUUAAUGCAUCUUUGUGGUUUCUUGUCGAAUUGAUCUAAUACUCUCAAUUUUUAGGUAGUGAACGAUGGCGCCCAACCACUCUGGAGUUAAUUUGAAUGCCGAAGAGAAGAAGAAAUGGGCCGAACUCUCACAACUACCAUACCGGGUAGCUAGAUAUCCAUGCCCUAUCACAAUCCGACGGUUGGGCAUUGAGCAGUGCUUCAAUGAGCUAUGUGAAGAGGGGCAACUAAAUGGGCUCUUCAUGGCACAGAGGAACCCCUCCUAUCAGAGGCUUACACUAGAGUUCUUGUCUACCCUUGAGGUAAUCAUGAACAGGAGGGAGAUAGUUGCCAUCAAGUUUCGUAUGAGGAAUGCUGAGUACACAGUGACGAUGGCACAAUUCAAGGAGAUCUUUGGAUUUUCAGGGGAGGUGUAUAGAGAGCCGUUUAACUUCAGUCACAAUGCGAAUGACUUCUGGAAGGCCAUCACUACCGUUGAUGACAACUUCGCCGCCAACAGGGCAAAGGGUUCUCUCAUUAGGAACCCAGCCUUGCGCUUACUCCAGAAGGCGUGUGUAUGUUACCCCUUCGCUCGUCAUGAGCAUGGGAGUGUGCAGAGAGACGAGCUCUUCCUGUUAUGGACUAUUUUGCACAAGGAGGCUCCCUUGAAUUUGGGCCACUUCAUGAUCAAACAUCUUGAGAGGGCUUCGAAGAAGAAAAUCGGCACACUCUGUGUCGGUGCGGUUGUGUCAGCUAUUGCACUCCAUCUGGGAGUGUCGACGAGGGGCUUGGUCGCCGACAUUGGUGACAACUUGAUGGACUUCGGCUUUCUGAGAAGAACAAGGCUGGUCGGAGUGGACCAACGAGGGCAGAUAUAUUUGAUACAGAGGGCAGCAGAUCAUUACCCCCUCCCGGACACCGUCAACACCUAUGUGAACGGUCCUUUCCACAAGGAAAACUGGAAGAUGAAGGCUGCGGUCCACGAACAAGUCACGGCGGUGAAUCCGCGGAACUUGCAAUUUAGGGAUGUGAGCCCGAGCUCGAGUGUUGAUGAAGCGCCCCACAUGGGCUUUCCCGAGAUCGAGAUGGGGGACGAGCAGAAUGAAGAAGAAAAUGAGGAGGAAGGUGAGGAUCAACCGACCUACCAAGGGGGAGAUGAAGCCGGGACAAGCACGCAGAGGACACGAAGCCGACAAGAGCGACAAGAGGAGGACUACGGCUCGAUCAAUGAGAGGUUGACACGGAUGGAGUUGCGUCAGCAGGAAUAUUGGGUCCAGAAUGAAGCGCGAUGGGACCAGUUCGAAACCAACUGGACCCAAUUCACUGAUUUCAACAAUGCACAAUGGGCCAACAUCAAUGCCCGAUUCGAUGAAUUCCGUGGCCAGUGGCAGCAUCCGCCUCCUCCUCCGCAGUGAAGGUCCAUGGGAGAUCCACUCUCUUUCAAACUUAUCCUAGCUUUGCUUGGAAUAAGUUUGGGGGGUGUCUAGUGGAUUCCCUCUUUUACCUCUCUCCCUCUUUAUUUGAUGAUGAUACCCCGGCCUGUACCCCUAUUCUUUUGAUGAUAUUUGAUGAUGAUAUGUGGGCAUGUAAACUUAUGUGGUUUUGUUUC